AUGACGGAAGCUGCAAAACUAAAUGCUCAAAGUUACAACUUGGUUAAGCUAUUGAAAAGGCUGGAGGAUGCCACGGCCAGGCUAGAAGAUGUCACAAUUUAUCAAGAAGGCUACAUUGAGUCAAAGAUGGCUGCCGAUACUGUAUCCCAUGUGGCAUCAUAUGAAGGUGUUGCGUCGAUGAACGAGAGACAUCCCUCUACUCUGUCUUCUGCCUCAGGAUCAUCAACCCAAUUGAACCCUGUUGUUAAAUUCCCUCCUCUAGAAGUCGAAUCGACUACCAAAUUUGAAGAACUGAUUCGUGAUGAUGUUGUUCCCUUAGUCGAGCUCAGUGACAAGAUUGACCCAGUUGUUUCCAAAGCAGCCAAGCUCUUCAAGGAGGCCUUCGACGGGGAAUCAGCUUUUUUGAAGAAUGCUGUUAAAUCGAAAAAGCCAGAUUUCUCUUCCCAAGAGUUUGUGAAUGCUUUAAAGCCAAUUAACGAAUGUAUUAUCAAGAUCGGGGACUUGAAAGAUCAAAACCGUCAAAGCAAAAGUUUUCCAUACUUGAACGCUGUUGCCGAAGGCGCCCCAUUGUUUUCCUGGAUUACCGUUGAAACUCCUAUGGCUGUCAUAACAGAUUUCAAAGAUGCAGCUCAAUUUUGGACCAAUCGAGUUUUGAAGGAAUUCAAAGAGUCGGAUCCAAAUGCAGCUGCUUGGGUUAAGGCUUUCUUGGGCAUUUUUGAAGACCUGAAGGCAUACGUCAAGAAAUACCAUACGGCUGGUGUUGCCUGGGACAAAAACGGUGCAGAGUUUGGCAAAGCGACAGAGGAAAAGAUCCCAGCCCGGUCUUCUGUGACAUCUUCAGGCGCUCCACCUCCACCACCGCCUCCUGCACCUCCUGCUUCUGUUUUUGAAGCACAAUCUUCUCCCCCAACGGAGCCUGCUGGUGGCAUUAGUGCUGUCUUUAACGAGAUAAAUCAGGGACAGGACAUCACGAAGGGUUUGAAGAAAGUCGACAGAUCUCUACAGACGCAUAAAAAUCCCGAGCUGCGUUCAUCAUCUUCUGUUCCAGGCAAAGCGCCACCUCCAAGACCAAAGAAGCCAAGUACUUUGAAAACUAAGAAACCUCCUAGAAAAGAGUUGGUUGGAAAUAAAUGGUUCAUCGAAAAUUAUGAAAACGAAAGUGAGCCUAUUGUCCUUGAGGCCAAUAAAGAUGAAUCAAUCUUUGUUGGUAACUGCUCGAACUUAUUGAUUCAAGUGAAGGGUAAGGUUAAUGCUGUCUCUCUCAAUGAAUGUGACAAUACUAGCAUUGUCGUGGAUUCCACUAUCUCGGGAAUUGAAUUGAUUAAAUGCAUCAAGUUUGGUGUCCAAGUCGAAAACACGUUACCACAAAUUACUCUUGAUAAAUGUGAUGGUGGUAAUAUCUACCUGUCAAAGGAUUCCAUUCAAGCAGAACUUUACACAUCUUGCUCUACUGCUAUCAAUGUCAAUUACCCAGUCGGUGAAGACGGCGAUUUUGUCGAGUUUCCAUUGCCCGAACAAUUGAAGCACACCUUUGGGGAAGGUAAGUUGAAUUCGAACGUUUUUGAACAUACUGGUUAA